AUGCCUUCAAAAUCUACUCUCGCUCUUGUUGCCUGCCUUGCUUACGGUGGUGUCGUGAUGUCUCUCCCCAUGAAAAACUCAUAUGAUCUUGCUGAGCGCGACUACACCGACCUCGAGACCCGCAUGUACGACAUGGAUCUCGAAGACUUCGAUGCACGUGCAGAUUCCCCGACUGCGGCAACUGAUGCUACUACUGACGCCACUACUGGGUCUUCGUCCACGACCACUGCGGCUGCAGCUGCCACUACCACUGCAUCUGAAGUUUCUAAGUCGACGAAACAUGGGAAGCACCACCACAAGCACCACCAUGGUCACCACCACCACAAGCACCACCAUGGCCACCACCACCACCACGGUCACCACGGACACCACCGUCUACACCACAAGGGAAAAUCCCAGAAGGGCACUUCCAGUGAUCUCGCUGGAUCGGCAAAGGAGUCGGCGGCUGCGACUCCUGCUGACGCUUCCGCUGCGCAGGCAACACUCGCAGCACGAAGCCCUAUUCGGGGAGCGUACGGUGGAGUCCGCCCAAGAGUUGGUUUGCGAGGAGGUGCUAGAUUCCGCCAUGGCGGCAAGUUUGGCAAAUUCGGUAAACAAGGAAGACACGGCAGACGCCCUCACAGGCACGCAGGACACGCUGGCGGUCGCCACGGUCAAGGUCAAAAGGCCAAACAAGCUGACACCAGUACUCAGACCCCUGCUGGAGCAGAUACGGGUGCUCCUACUACUCCUGAUGCAUCUUCCUCUGAUGCUGCUUCUGCUCCUCCGGUUUCCGCACGCGGUCUUCUCAGCUUCCUCAAGAAGAAGAAGGCUGACCCGACUACUUCCACUUCUGCAUCUGAGCCUACCAAGACUGGCACAGAUGUAGCAGACGCUGCCAAGACGCCGGCUGCAGGUAGUGAAGAGGCUGCCCCCAAGAAGCCCCACCACCACCACCACCACAAACACGGCAAACACGGCAAGCAUGGAAAGCACGGCAAGCACCACAGGAAGCACCGCCACGCAAAGGAGUCCGCUACCACUACGUCUGCUCCCGCGGCAACAAAGACUGAUGCUUCUGCCGCUGCCCCGACCACUGCUGUAAGUCCUAUUGAUAUUUGA